AUCACGGGCCCUGAAUGCUUUUAACUUUCGAAUUUUGACAGUUUGGGCCACUGUCCAUGGUCACUGCCAUCCACAACGCAUUGCUGACGUACACCCACAACUUUGCUAUAAAUGCUCCACCAGAAAGCCAGAUGAUCCUCCAUCAACUCGAACAAACCCUCUUCUCGCACUUCAUAUCAUGGCUUUCCUUCUCAAAGUCCUCGUCACUUGGGCCGUCGCGUCCUUUGUGGCUUUCGCUGCUCCCACUCCCACCUAUCCUUGGGAAGCCCGCCACGGGUUGACCGCUGACCAGUAUCAAACCACUUUCACCGACCUUGUUGGUCAAGGCUACCGUCUCAACUACGUCAGUGGUUAUACUGUCAACAACGACCCUCGCUACGCUGCCGUCUGGGAGAAAAAGGAAUCUCCCGAAUGGACAGCCAAGCACGGUAUGACCUCUGACGAGUACCAAACUGCAUACAACAACUAUGGCUCAGAAGGUUAUCGUCUCGUUCUCAUUAACGGAUACACCGUCGGUGGCGAAGACCGCUACGUCGCAAUCUGGGACAAGUCUACUUCGGGCGAAUGGGUGGCUAGGCAUCGUAUGACGGCUUCCGAGUAUCAGACUGCCUUUGACAACUACUAUCAACAAGGAUACAGGUUGAGGCACGUCAGUAGCUACGCCAUCGGAACCGACCCCUACUACGCCGCCAUCUGGGAGAAGAGCGACGACACUUCAGAAUGGGUUGCUCGUCACGGUCUCACCUCUGCCCAGUACCAACAAGAAUAUGACAACUACACCAGUCAAGGAUACAGGCUCGUCUUGGUCAGUGGAUCCGGUAUCAACGAUGUCGACUACUAUGCUGCCAUCUGGGAGAAGAAGGAAGGACCUGCCUGGGUUGCCCGCCACGGUUUGACUGCUACCGAAUACCAAUCCGCGUCCGACAAUUACACUAGCCAAGGUUAUGUCCCUAGGGUCAUCAGCGGGUACACUAUCAACUAUGAAGACCGCUAUGCAGCUAUCUGGGAACAGUAUAGCACCCCGUACAGCACCUCAUACAGCACCCCGUACAGCACUCCAUACACCACUGGCAUCUCAAAAGAGGAAGACCGAUACACUGUCUGUCAAAAUGCCAUCACAAACCUGGAAGCUGCAAUCCCUGAAGGAAAAAAAGCACUCCAAAUCUAUGAAGAUCACCUUGGAGCAUUGCUGAAGGCUCUAAAUAGCUUGAGUGAAUUAGAUGGCAUCGGCAAGGCCGAUAUGAAGACAGAAACAUUAUCUCAAUCCCUGUACUCGGGCCUCAUCGAAUAUGUCACGGCUCCUGUAUAUGAAGCAAAGGAGGUAAUGGAUGAUCGAAUACUGAAGAUGCAAAUAAUAGUCCGUAACCUGUGGGACAAGGUACGGGAACUCGAGCUAGAACUGGAAGGCUGGAAAUUUUCGAAGAAUUUAUCCACCAAGGCCCUACGGAACCUCAAUGCCAACAAAGAAGCCGUAGAAGAGGAGAUGAGAGAAGUAAAAGAAGUAUUCCGGCCAGUUAGGAGAAUCCCUUACGAAGCUUGGGUCGCGAUAUUCACAUUCGUUAUUGAAGAGACGAUAUCUUAUCAACCGUCCGCUAACAGAAACUGGGAGCUACGCCUUCCGUCCAUAUCACUUGCUCAAGUUUGUAGGCUAUGGAGAAAAAUCAUACAUAACGAGCCAAAUCUCAGCAACAUGGCCUAUGUAGGCCCUACAAAGGUAUGGACUCACGGGGAGUAUAACCUAGUUGCUGAGAUCGGUAAACGGGGGAAAUUCCCUUGGAAGAUUAUGACCAACCUCCAUCAUUAUUUCAGACAUUCCUAUUAUCCUGAUAAACGAUAUAAGAAUACAGUCUUGGUCAACUGGUUGCAAACAAUAUCCCCUGACCCAAAAAUACUCAUUCGUGAAAAUACAUAUCAGCUUUUUGUUGACAUGAAAGGCGAUAUUCCGGACGUCGCGGGUCGAAUAUCUUACUUUCCUUUGAAAAAUCCAUCUUCCAUCAUACUUUCCUCGAGCUUCCCUGUCAACUACGGCUUUCGUCUCCAUUGUCUGUCCAGCUUCUCUACAAUCAAAUCCCUUACGCUCCUUAACGAUAACCCGACUGCCCUACCAGGCAACACUUUCAGCUCAUUGUUCCCGCAGUUAUCUAUACUCAGGAUAUUCGUCAAGACGUUUCCCGGUGACUUUCAGGCAAGUACCUUGCUGCCUCCCUCACUCACGGAACUCUACCUUCGUCACGAAGAGGGUGAAAUGCUUCCAUUGGUCAAUCAAAACAUAAACCUUCCGAAGCUAAAGACUCUGGGAAUCACUUUCCCUGGUGCAUAUCUCCUUAAUUACUUACAUGGCUCGUCGGUGAAUAACCUAAUUCUCUAUGGACCUCCCAACCUUCAAGAUCUUAAAUUUUCCUUUAUGGAUAAUACAAAGAAUGUGUACCGCCGACUUCACCAUGUUGAGUUUGAGAACUGGAGGCAGCCAGCCACGAGCGAUGGAUCACUUGGGGCGGUCGGAGCACUCAGACAAUUGGCAGCCGAGACACAAGCGCUUCAAACCGUCAAGUUCCUGUACAGCUUUCUUGAUGGUGAAGCUCUUGUCUCUCUUAUAAGUGGCCCGCUAGAUGACCCAACUUCCAAAAUAUUGAACGGGUUGGAAGAG